AUGACUACCAACCACAGACCCACUCUUGAAAGCAAACGGGGGAAAGCCCUUGCCAUCUCCGACUCCAUCGCCCAUGCUCGUUCUCUUCCGCUGCAGACGGCCCUCAAGUACAGACAGGACGUGUUGACCGAGGUUGAUCCUGUGAGAGCCAAGCGUGGAGUGGAGGAGUUGAAGAGAGAACUCUUGAUUCUGGAGGGCAAGAUCGAUGAGAACGACCUGAAACGGUCCAAAAUACGAUCGGGAGAUGACUCAAGCGGUGAAAAUGACGAAAGUGAUGAAAGUGAUGACGAAGAAGCUUUGCUAGCGGAGCUCCAGAAGGUCAAGCAGCAGAUCGCUGAUGACAAUGCUGGAGUGUCUGAUAAGGACAGGGCAUCUGAAGAGGAAGAUAUGCAGUCUGACAGUAACGCCAGUGAGGACAGCAACGACGAAAGUGAUGAUGAGACGGAGUUGUUACUUGCAGAACUUGCCAAAAUCAAGCAGGAGAGACAACAAGAAAAAGAGAACAAGGAGAAGGCCGAAAGGGCCGAGAAGGCCAAGAGCUCCAAUCCAUUGGUGUCAUUGGAUGAAUCAGAGCCUCCAGCUAAAAAGAGCUGGAGAAGCAGCACUGCUUUCAAUAACAAGCCCAAGCCCAAGCCCAAGGGCGAGCAGAAUAACGACAACUUCACCAACGAUACCCUUCGCUCUGAAUUCCACAAGAAAUUCUUGUCCAAGUACAUCAGGUGA